AACAUCUUCUUUCCCAGCCUUCAGGGCUCAGGGAAUAGCCCUUGCCUGUUCUGUCUGGGGUGUGGGGGGGUGGAAAUAAAUCCAGCCACUGUGAUGAUUUUACAGGGCAGUUUUGAGCAGCGUUAGUGUUGGUGUUUCCUUGCUGACUCCCUUUUUUCUGAGUAAGUUGUGUCAGCAACUUCCUGCAAACCUGAGGAGCCUGAGCAGCUCUGCUGUGCCUGUUCUGGGAGCUGAGCUCCCAGCUUGGGCACGCUGAGCAGCUCUCACUCAGCCUCUGGCAUUGCAGAGGGGACAGAAGGGACCAGAGAGCAGCAAUUGGCAUCUGGCAGGGGAAGCUGCCACCUCCUGCUCUGGAGUGCUUGUUGGAAAGCAGCAUGGGCCAGGGCAGAGAUGGCUUUGCUCCAGCCAAGGGACUGCUGUGGAAUUUUAAUCCAGAGAUGUGUGAGCUGGAGUAGGGGAGACAGAACUUCUGUCUUGGUUAUGGAACAUUUCCUUUUGGACCACCCAAAGACUGGGCUCUACAUCUGUAGUAUUGGCUGCUGAAUGACACUCCUACAUGAUGCCUGUACCUGUGUGUGUAUAUAUAUUUUUUUUUAUAUCUAUAUUUAUAUAUAUAUAUAUAUUUAUGUAUGUAGAUGGGCAUGACAGAGCAGAUGUGUUACAAUGUGCAGUGGCAGUUUCUACCUAGGAGGUUUGGAUGCUACCUCCAAAAUUUCUCCAAAUAACUGGGCCUUCAUGUGUUUUCAGUCACAUAGAUCUUGUACCUUACCUGUAGACAUGCAGCAAAAGUCUUGGUCACAACAGCUGCCAGCUGAGGAAACACUUGCUGACUCCACAUUUGUCUCACACCUAUGGAAUCACACCCCACAUCCUGGAGUUUUGCACUUUCCUUCUCAACUGCAUCCAUCAUAUCAGUCUCCCAGAGCCCAGCUUUGAUACUUUAAACAGUCAGCAACUGCUUCCAUACAGUUCUUAGGGAAAAAAAGGCCAGCCCUGGCCUUCCCCUUCCUCUUGCAGCCUGUAAACUGUACCACAUGCAGGUCUUUGCUCGCUCUUCUCUCUUCAUUGCCCUUCUUCAGGAUCCAAACCUGGAGCCCUUCCCUACUUGCUCCCACUAAAGGUGCCAGGACAAAAAAGAUGUUGCCUUUACCUUCCCACUGUCACCACUCAGAACUCCACCCUAUAUCCCUGUGUACUUCCUAGACAAUUAAAUGUCCUGUGAUGCUGCCUCAGAAACCCAAAGGGCAGAUCUGAAGCCAAAAGUGUUUAGACCCUACUGGCAAAAUGUGCCAGGACAAAAAGAAAUAUAUUUAUUCUGGGAGGCAAGCAGCUGUCCCCAGGGCUCCUGGUGCAAAGAGGCUCCCUGGGGGAGGUCAAGGCCAGCACCUGCUUACUUUGAUGGCACUUCCUGAGUGGGAGCAAUCCACUCCCAGAGCCCUGCACCAAAAUUUGGAUGCUGCCUCCAGUGCUGAGUGCAUCCACCAGGGACUGCUGUAGCACAGAAGUUCUCUCCAAAGAGGUAUCCUCAUCCUCUUUCUGGAGCUCACCUCCAGUAUUUGGAUACCAGCUCCAAAGCUGUGCGUGCCCAGGGAUCUCUUUCAGAGAAACCUUUCCAGAGCAGAAAACUCUUCUUAGUGGUUCCCUGUAAUAUCAUCCUUUUCUUGGCCAGCACCUGACAAGGACAAGGAUGAAUAAAUGACUGCUUUAUUGAAAUUGAUGAUUAGAUGAAAAUGUAAAAAGAUAAAAAUGCAAAAUGGCAAACCAACAAGCUGAUCAGUUAUUUACUACACAGUAAAGCUGCUCGUACAGUGCUGUGUUUAUUGCACCAGUAACACAGCCAGCUCAAUAACUAUCAAAAAGAGGUUGAUGUUACUGAUAAUGGGUGAGUCUCUCCCUCAGCCUCCAGAGCUGUCCCUGAGAGCUGUUCCCACCCAAGGCAAGGAUCUUCGUGCAUCUAAAGGAGAUAAACUGGGAAACCUGGGACUGAUCUUUUGUAGUAUGAAGAGUUCAAUUGUCCUUCUGGUUUUAGAUUCUAUGUUGUCCUCAGCAGAACACGUUUGAGUCAGAUGUUAACAGCUCCAUGGUUUCUGCUCAAAAGUUCCAUCUCUCACUUCCCCACCAGGCUCUUCCACAUCCCUGUUGAUGCCCACCUCAGUUGGGAGGAGCACCCUCAGGAGGGGACUAAUUUAAGGGUUUGGUCAAGCUGGUCUCAGCAUUCUUCACCACUGCACCCCCUGGUUUUUCAUCCAUCACCAAAAUUUUGUAAAUGAGACAAAGAAGGGGUUCUUUAAAUCUGUCCCAGCCCUUCCAAAUGGAAAGCAGCAGUGCCCCUGCCCCUCAUAAUGCAGUUGCUCAUUCCUCACACCAGUCCUGGGGUCCCAGGAACAGGAGAGCUUCGUGUCCAUCCCUUACAGAGACUGAGACCCCUCUGGAGCUGUGUCUGUGUCCCAGCUCCAAUGCCUGCAUUCCUACUGCUCCCAGCUCUCCCUCUUUGCUGACUGGUUUCUAGGUCUGCCUCAUGUCCAAGUUUUCAUCCAUUAAGUGUAGCUGUGUCACCUUAGGGCAAAUGGAAUCUCACUGGAAGAGUGGGAAAUCAGGUGGAUACAGCAAAAACUCUCCCACCUUUGAAGAAGUCAUGAAGGUCAGCAUGGACUCUGCGUUUAAGUGAGAAAAGGCCUCCAGAAGAAAAAGAAAAAUGGCAUUAACUACUUGGAUGUUUCUGCUUCCAUGGACUGGAAAUAAUAGAGCUCAAGGUCUGGGAAGCAGCGAGGAAAGAAACCAGGGCAGGAAGGGCAGAAAAGAGGAAGAAACGAGAGCAGGAAGGGCAGGAAAGGAGGAGGAGAGAGAGGGAGAGGUGAGGAGCCUGCAUUCAGCACUGAGGAGCAGAAGGCUGACACCAGAGGCUUCCGAUGUCCUCCUCAACUUCCAGCAGCACUCUGCCCAGCGGCCUGGCCGUCCUGACCACCUUCCCAGAUGUGCUCUUCAUCCCUGAAAUCAUCUUUGGGGGCCUUGUGUGGAUCCUGGUGGCAUCCUCGAGGGUCCCAGACCCCAUGCUGCAGGGCUGGGUGAUGUUUGUCUCCGUGUUCUGCUUCGUCAUGUCCAUCUCCCUGCUGUGCCUCUACGUCUGCGGGGCUCACGGCGGCGGCGGCUGCUGGGUCACCUUGGAUGUCGUCUGCCACGGGGCAGCAGCGCUGUUCUACCUCAGCGCCGCGGUGCUGGAAGCCUACAUGACCUACGCCCUUCGGAUCCUGUUCCCAGCGCAGGAGUACAGGGAGAACAUCGCCGCCGUGGUGUUUGCCUUCGUGGCCACCCUGCUGUACGUGAUCCACCAGGUGUUCUCGCUCCUGCGCUGGAAAUCCUCCUGAGAGCCUGAACUGCCCCA